AUGACGACCACACAGUCUCAAACAUCAAAACCUCACCUAGUCAUCAUUGGCAGUGGCUGGGCAGGAUUCUACCUUGCCGAGAAUAUCAAUCUCUCAUCAUACAACGUCACUCUAAUUUCUCCACGACGGACAUCAGCCUACACACCUCUACUGGCCUCAGCCGCCGUAGGGCUAUUCAAUUUCUACCUGGCAGAGGAACCCGUCCGGUCCGCAUCAAGAUGUGACUUGAACUUCGUUAAAGCAAAUGUCCUGAGCAUCGACUUCACCGACAAAACAUGCCAGUGCACACCAGCAUUCGAAGAGGACCCAAAGCUGGAGAAAAUCCAAUUCGACAUCGCCUAUGACUACCUUGUCAUCGCACCAGGCUGCAUGCCCAACACGUUCGGCACGCCAGGGGUCGACGAAUACGCUAUCUUCAUCAAGAACGUCAGCGAUGCGAUGCGUGUUCGCAAGACGCUGUUCGACCUGCUCGAAAAAGCCAGCCUUCCGUGCACCAGCGCCGAGCGCGCAAAGGAACUUCUGCACAUCGCGAUCGUCGGCGGCGGACCAACGGGCAUCGAACUCACCGCGGAGCUGGACGAUCUGUGCCAGAACGAGCUAAGCAAACUGUAUCCACGCAUUGCCAAAUACGUGACCAUCUCAAUCUAUGACGUCGCGCCACAUAUUCUGUCCGCAUACGAUGCGAAACUCCACGACUAUGCCACUAGCCAGCUCAAGGCACGCAAUGUUGAUGUCGCGCCGAAUACUCAUAUCGAGCGCGUCGACGAAGACGCCCUGUAUAUCAAGGACAAAGGGCGCGUACCCUACGGAAUGAUCCUCUGGGCGACGGGAAACAAAAAUGUGCCGCUGAUCGAGACCGUCGAUGUCAAGAUCAACGAAAAAGGCCUCAAGCGUAUUCUCAUGGACGACAAGCUACGCGUGUUCAAAAAACCCGAUACUACUACAUCAACCUCCGGCAGCGAUGUAUGGGACAGUGUCUUCUCCCUCGGUGACGCCGCCGACAUCGAGGGCCAAUCACUUCCCACGACCGCCGAAGUCGCGGUGCAGAAGGCGCGAUACCUCGUCGAGAACUUCAACGCCUUAGCCUCGGCCACCGGCACCGCAGCCACAUCAGCAUUCGCCAAACCAUUCACAUACUCCCAAAAACAGCUCGUCAGCUAUAUCGGACACCACGACGGUGUGAUCGCGGGCAAGGGACCGAACGAUCCGGGCUGGACGGGCCGCAGCGCGUGGUUGGCAUGGCGCUCCGGCAGUCUUAUUUGGAACCGCAAUUGGCGCAGUCGUGUGGUCAUCGUUAUCACGUGGGCGUUGAAUCGGGUCUUUGGCACGGAGAUGGCGAGAAUGUAG